AUGAUGAUGAUGAUGAUGAUGAUGCAUCUCAACCGAAACAUCACCAGCACCAAUCACAGCAGCAUCCGGAGCGACAACAGCGCCCACCGCCCCCGCCACCAUUUCCUCCGCAUCACGCAGCGCCGCAGCUGCUUCCUCCAAGCAACAUCGAUGCGCAGCGACAUCAGCAGCAGCAGCAGCAGCAGCAGCAGCCAAUGUUGGUGCUGCAGCCGGGCCUGCCAACAUCAACCACGUGUCCUGUACAACAGGAGCCAGGUAUCGGGUACCCUGCCAUGAGCGGUGUCCGGCAACCAAUGGCGAAUGGCAAUGGCAAUGGCAGCGGCAGCGGCGGCGGCAUCGCUGCGUCGUCACCGGCAUCCAUCACCGCCAUGCAGCCAGCGCCGACCGCAUAUGUGCAACAACAAGCGGCGCUCCCUGGUGCCAUCUCGGCUCCCCGUCCAUUUCCAAGCGUGUACGAUACACCCGUGUACAACCCGGCCAUGGCUGAAGCGCCCAUGCUGACGUACGCAGUUGAGUCCGAUGCUGGCUUGCCCCAACUUGGCAGCCAGGUGCUACAGCCAACAACAUCGUCGUCGUCAUCUUCUGCAGUAGCAGCAACAUCGUCUUCAGCAACAGCAGCAGCGCCCCCUGUCUUGAUUGAGACGUGCCAGCCCAUGCCCAGGUCCACAAUUGCCGCGGACACACUCAAUGGCGGUCUGCCCGCACACGCGCCCCAAUACCACUACCUCCUCCACCACCAACCACAACAACAACAACAACAACAACAACAACAACAACAACAACAACAACAACAACAACAACAACAACAGCCGUUCUCCAUGCCAUCAAGUGCUCACCAGCACGUUGAUGCUGUUCACCCACAUCCCGUGAUGCUGUGCUCUGAUGCGCCUGCCCUGCCGCACGUCAGCGCACCACCUCCGUUGCUCUCAGUCCAUCACAGUCAUCAGCACCACGUGUAUCAGCAGUUGCUCCCGGGACACGAUGGGCACCAAUUUGAGCCACAGCACCAUGCGAAGCGUGCGAAGAUUGCUGCGUCGCCACCGCGGCCAUCUGUCACAUCUGCCGUGACAGGAGUGCAGCACACGGGGUCGAGCACGGGUGGCAUCUCAACCACAACAGCCAUGCAUGCAACAACACAGCAACAGCAACAACAACAGCAUCAGCAUCAGCAGCAAGAAGGUGUGGUGGAUACGCCCACUGGCACCGCGCAAGACAGUGGCAAUGAGAACCAUUCAAAUGGGAUGUGGAACGUGCACGGCUCCAACCACCACCGCCAUCUGCUAUUCACCACCAUGCCACCGACCGCACACCACUCGCUGCUGUUUCGGGAGGAAGUCCCGCCCGCCAUCUCCCCACAUCAGCUGUUGCAGCAGCAGCACGUGCACCAGCAGCAGCAGCUAUUGCACAUCCAACAACAACAACAACAACAACAACAACAACAACAACAACAACAACAACAACAACAACAACAACAACAACAACAACAACAACAACAACAACAACAACAACAACAACAACAACAACGGCAGCAGCAGCAGCCCCCUGAAAAGGCGCCUUCGCGCGGGGAACAUCCUCUCCACCUUCUGCUUCACCCCACGCACACACUCUCACAGCAGCCCCAACUACGAAAGCAGCAACAACGUAGCCGUGAAAGCGCUGGAAACACGAUGACCACGACGACCACCACUGCCACCACCGCUGCCACCACAGCACCUGCCGCGAUGGUGGCGAACAACACGGCGCCUGGUGCACCGCCAUCAUCGGCAACAUCGGCAAUGGCCUCCACGCCAGCUGCCCAGGAUGGUGUUGCAAGUGCACAGAUGGACGGGCCAAUUCCACUUCCACCCGUGCAAGCACCAGGACACGGCCAAGGGGCGCAGCCCGUUUCGGCAUCCACGCCAUCAUCGUCACCACUGACAUCGACAACAGUGGCGACAAUAACUGCUGCAACGGCUCAGCGCAUGCCAAGGGCACAUGCCAACGGAGAAGUGCAACAACAACAACAACAACAACAACAACAACAACAACAACAACAACAACAACAACAACAACAAGUACAACAACAACAACAAGUACAAUCACAGCCGCAGAAGCAGCAGCAGGACGAAGACGAAGGCAGCAGUGACGAUAGCGGAGACAGCACCAGCGCUCACGCAAGGCCUGGUUCAAAAUACUCUUGUCGACGCUGCUCCAAAACGUUUAGAACGCGCUCUGCAUAUCAAAACCACAAGCGCACGCACACGGGCGAGAAGCCGUUCUCCUGUCCUAAAUGCCCAGCGAGCUUUGCUGACGUGUCCACAUUGCGUCAGCACGAACGCACACACACCGGUGAGCGCCCGUACAAGUGCACGUUUUGUGGGAAAGGGUUUACGAAGGCGGGGCACUGCCGUCGUCAUGAGCGCACGCACACCGGGGAGCGCCCGUACACCUGCCGCGUGUGCGGUGCUGGGUUCUCCGACAAGAGCAAUUGGCGAAAGCACGAACAACGGCACCCAAGAGAGGCGUCACUCCAGUGCCUCAUCUGCAACAAGGCGUUCCGACAGCAGGAAAAGCUUGCCGUGCACAUGCGCCUGCACGAUGAGACGCGCAAGCACAAGUGCACGUUCUGCGACCUUCGCUUUGACACGCGCAGCGCCGCUAUUCGACACGAGCGACGCCACUUGGACUCGCCCCACCCCUGCCGCUUCUGUCUUCGCCCCUUUGUCUCCCGCAAGUACCGCGACCGGCACGAGCGUGUGCAUCACGUUUCGCACGGCCGGCACGUUGUGGAUGAACUGUACAGCGGUGGCGACGAUGGUGAUGGUGCUGCUGCUGCUGCUCUUGGCGGCGGUAAUGAUGGUGGUGGUGGUGGCGUUGGUGGUGGUGGUGGUGGUGGUGGUACCUCUGCUGUUGGCGGGCAAGGGGUUGGGGGUGCUGAUAUCACGAGUCAUCACAGCAGCGGUGAUGGUGGUGGUGAUGAUGGUGAUGAUGAUGGUGAUGGUGGCACAAGUGGUCAGCAUCACUUCAGCAAGACCGUGGCGGUGAUGAACGGGCACGUGAUCACGUACAUGCGCAUGACAUUCAACUGUCCGGAAUGCAGCAAGCAGUUUCUGUCCCACGCCGAGUUCUCACUGCACCACGAUGCGGUGCACGCACCAACCAACCCGCUGUUCACCAACUCGCUCGUUGCUGCGCACAACGCUGGUGACGACGACGAUGACGACGAGGAUAGUGGUGGUGGGGUUGAGAACGGUGGUAAUGGUGGUGGUGGUGGUGACGAUGGUGGUGUUGGUGGAGGUGUUGGCAGAGCGAGAAAAGGCAGUGGUGGUGAUGUGAGCGUGGAUGUGGAUGUGAGCGUGGAUGUGCAGGGUGGUGGUGGCAGGCAUCGCCACGGCGAUGGUAGCAGCGAUGAUGUCACCGCUGAUGCCGCUGGUGCGACACGCGACGAUGACGAUGAUGGUGAUGAUGCUGGCACGAGGAGAGCGCACGUGCAUGGCGGAAAUGCCAGCGCUGAUGACGACACCCAAAGCAGUCGGCAACGUGAGGCCAGCCAACACCGACAACAACAACCAGGGCAACAGCAGCAACAACAACAGCGAAACGGACGGCGUGUGAGUCGCAGUCACCGUCACGUUCAAGUGUUUCACGACCUGGCAGCGCUGCACCGUGACCACAGCGCUGCCAACCGCCGUACAGCCGCUGCCACUCGUAGACCCCCGACAGCCAGCAGUCGCACUGCAAUGGCAGCCACAACCGCCAUCUCCACCACAGCCACCUCCAGCAGCACCGCGAUGCACCCUGCCCGUCACGAAACCCCUGGCAACACCAAUGAUGGCAGUGCAAGAGCAGCCAGCAUGUCACCGCUCACGCCGACAUCAGGGCGAAGCAUAUCCACCAGCACAGCAGCGACCAACAGCGCUGCGGGCGUGCCCAUGAACAUGCAUGCAGGCACGGAGGAACAACAUGUGGAUGUGGGCAUGCACGUGCAUGCACCAGGAACCGCACAGGCGUCGCCGCCGCAGCCAGCGCUUGCGACAACGAUGGCCCCGCACGUGGGUGCACAGCCGGAUGUGCGGGUGGGUGGUGCUGAUGCAACACAACCGGUGGCUGUGCACACGCAGAUGCACUCACAUCACGAGUCAACACCACCUCUACAGCCACCGCAAUCACAGCACCAACAGCAGCAACAGCACGUGAUGUUUCAGCCGCCAUUGCACAUGACACCUCCCCAACACCACGCAGCUCAUGCACAGCAGGUGUAUGCGGGGUCGCUGCCACUUCCACAACAGCCGCCGCUGCCACACACAUAUGCUGUUGGGGUUCCUCUGCCGCACCCACAGCAUUCGCCCCAUCACCAUCACCACCACCAGCAACAACCACGCCACCAUCACCACCAACAACCACAUCAACAACAACCACAACCACAUCAACAACACCACCACCACCAGCAGCAGCAACAACAGCCACAGCAACAGCAUGCGUUUGAAAUGCAUCCAGCAGUGCAGAUUGCACACCCGGACGAGGAGGAUGCGCCACUGCCGCCCGCGCGCAUAUCAGAGAACAUGACGCUGUACAACCCGCACUUGGGUGGCGAGGGGAGCACGCAUGCUGACGCCCACAACACCAGCAGCCAUGAUAACACGCACGACAGGGGCAGCACGAACGGCCCUGCCAACAGACUCCACAACGACAGUGACACUAACAACAACAACACCAACACCAACACCAACCAUGACAACAACAGCAGCAGCAGCACAAACAACAGCCACGAAAGCGCCAGCAGCACCAGCCACCCUGACAGCAGCGGCAGCAAAGACACGCGCGACGCCGUGCCGGCAACAAGCAAUGCACACAUUGUGGUGUCGUCUCACGGCCAACACUAGCGCGGGAUGAACGUGAACAGCUGUUCCUUGGUGGGUUGGUUGGUGAUUUCAUCGGGUGGUUUGGGGGCGAUGUAUUGAUGGUGGGUGAAUUGGUUUUGUGGUUUGGAUGACCUGAUGGGGCUGAAGCAUGUGCACGCUGUUUUCCCAUGUCUGUGCACGACACUGAUGCAACGUGGUGGCUCCGUUUGAAUCGCACUCACCAGCCAGUGUUGUUGUCAUCACCAUAAUCAUGGUAACUGACGUCGUUGCGUGACAUGCCAUUUCGAUGUUCAUGAUCUGUUCUGUUACUUGUUGUACGAUAACUGACUGUCCUCGUGAGAAUAGACACUUUGCUCGUUGUUCAUGCACUUUGCAUCGAAAGUUUUGUGCGUGUAUGUGUGUGUAUAUGUGUGUGUGUGUGUCGUUAGGGUUCUAAUGUGCUCUCACUAGCCGCCGUGUCAUGUGCUUGUGCUCACACGAGUGCAACCGCUCACUCACUUACGCAUGAUCACUCAUACAGCAUGUCUUGUGAUGCGGUGUCAAUGUCAUUUUUAUGAUGGAACAUCUGCCCAUCUCAUACACAGUGUGAUGAACA